AUGCCGCACAAGACGUCGUUGGAUGGCGGCCCCUCGGUGGCUUCCGCCGCCCUGGAUAAGGCUGAACUCACAAACUCGCAUCCGCGCCACGGCACAUAUCCUUCCAUCUCGUCAAUACCCAUCACGUCGCAUGAGCGUCUUGUCAAGGCCACGGAGGAUACGGCACCAGGGGUAGACGACGAAUCGCCAGACACCGUCCUGUACCUUGCGUACGGAUCCAACCUGUCGGCCGAAACUUUCCUGGGCAUGCGCAAGAUCCGCCCGCUUUCGCAGGUCAAUGUCUCAGUGCCCAUCUUGCGACUGACGCUCGAUCUGCCCGGCGUGCCGUAUCGGGAGCCGUGCUUUGCCAACGUCGGCUUCAGAGAGCUUCCAGAAAAGCCAACGAUUCCCGACCCGACCAAGCCAAAGCUACCGCCGCUGGAUCCUUCAGACCCAGGAUACGAGUGGGAUGGUCAUCUGAUGGGUGUCGUCUACGAAGUCACCAAGAAGGACUGGCGCACAAUCAUGCGCACAGAAGGCGCGGGCUCGAGCUACAAGGAAAUCGUUGUGCCCUGCAUCCCCAUCAAGCCCAAGAUCGCCGUGCCAGAGACGCCGGGGUUUCCAAGCCUGCCGAAGCCAUUCUUCGCGCGGACGCUCUACGCGUCCUACAUGCCCGACGGCGGUCAUGAUGAUCCCCGGAAGUGCACAUGGUGGUACCGCUUGACGCACGGCCGCCAGCGUCCGAACCCGGGGUACGCCCAAGCCAGCGCCCGCUACUUGAAGCUGCUUAAGGACGGUGCAAGGGAGCACGAGCUGCCGGACGUAUACCAGAAGUACUUGGCGUCGUUGGAGCCGUACAUGCUUACCCACCGACGGCAGAAGAUUGGACAGGUGCUGUUCCUGGGCGCAUGGGCGCCGCUGCUCAUCAUCUUCUUGACCAUGACGGGCCUGAUGGCGGACGAGACGGGCAAGCUCCCGGGAUGGCUCGCUGGCGGCGUGACCGCCAUGUUCAAUCUCAUGUGGAUCAGCUACGACUCCGUGUAUAGCAAGAUAUUUGGCGAUGGCGAGAGGACCGAGGCCGAGCGGGAUGCGACGGGUUCGCCGGACGAAGAGAAGACGUCUCUGCUGGCCAACGGCCACGGACGGUAG